AUGAGUCGUUACUGCACCCUGAACAACAACUUCCCCAAUGACAACAACCUCCUGGUCCUGGACAUGGUGCUGAGCUCUCUCUGGAGCGUUCCACAGCCCGUCAACUGGGACAACGUGGCCAUGCUGGUCCCUGGCUUCACACCCAAGGAGUGUGCGCAGAGGUUUGAGGAGCUGAAGAGCACCGGAGGGUUCCAUCACGUGGACGACCAAUGCAACGCGCUGACGGCAGGAGGCUCCUCCCCUGUGGACUCGCUGGCCACCUACAUCAAAUCCACACUAUUGGACACCACGGGAGACGUGGAGGAGACGCGGACCAAUCAGAGCUCCAUCUCAGUGACGGGCCUGGCGGUGAACCCUUCAAGAGGUAGCUCGGUGGAGAAAGAGAUCAGGGAGUCUGCAGAGGAGGGCGAGAAGCCCCAGGAGGGGAAAGGGCCCAAUAUGGUGAUCCACGUGUGUGACGAGGCUAAGAACCUGAAGCAGGACUUCAUGUGUCCCCGUGACCUUCUGAUCAACGAGAUGCGUUACUUUGCUGAGUACCUCUCUGUUGACCUCCAGCGCUGGGAGGAGGUGGACAUCUCUGUGCACUGUGACGUGCAGAUCUUCGACUGGCUCAUGAACUACGUCAAGAGGCACAAAAUGGCCGUCGAUGGCAACAAUGACAAACCCAAACUCGAGCCCAGCAAUGUGAUCUCAAUCCUCAUCUCCUCCGAGUUCUUGAAGAUGGACACGUUAGUGGAGGAGUGUAUUCAGUACUGUCACAAGCACAUGAGUGCCAUCGUGGCCACACCCUGCAACAUGAACUGCAUCAACAGUAACCUGGCAGCGGACAUCUCUGACCUCUUCAGCCACAACGAGGCAGACGACAUCAUGGACAGAAAAGACAAGUUCAAAAGUAAGUUAUUCCAGAAGAAAAUUGAGUGUCUCUUCGAUCCUGACUAUAAGAACCAGGACUCCCCAGGCAACGCAUCGACUCUGUACAGAUGUGGUCUGUGCCUGAAACUGCUGACCAAGGACACAGAGAGGAAGAUCUCCUGCAUCCCAGGGAAGAUCAACAUCGACCCUCGAGGAGACAUCACCUACACUCACAGCAGGCAGAAGAGAUGGGAGGUCCAUGAUUACAUGACCGGACUGUAUGAGGAGCUGAAGUCCUGGGUGCUGGUCUACUGGAGGAUCUGGGGAACCAUCAACCACCUCACCUGCUCCCACUGCCAACAGGCGUUUGUGUGUGCAGAGCUGUCCCACUGUCGGUAUCACCCAGAGGUUGUGUUGUACCCGGGCAUGGGGACAGAGCAUGGCUGGCACGGGACGGGCAUCUACCCCUGCUGCAACCAGAGGACACUACGCUUUGACCCCACCGGCAUGCCCAAGGGCUGUAAGAUGCGGGACCACAUAGUGAAUGCGUCAGACAGUGGAGACUGUACUGGGGACCACCAGGUAAACUCAGCCCAGACCAGACUACUCAACGACCUGCUACUACACAGAGAGGCAGUGUGUGUACCCAACACACCCCUACCAGAGACAGGGCCUGUAGACUCCCCCUCCAGUGGUUCAGAGAGGGGGGAGAGAGGGGAGCGGGUACUGGACUGUGACAUCCUGGUAGAGCCGGGGCUUCAGAGAGUAGAGGGCACCACCUUUUCCCUGUUGAAAAACUGGAGCCGGCAACUGAGGCAGCAGACGCUGCUUUCUGAGGAUGAGGAGUAUACCACGGGGUCAGAGGUCACUGAGGAUGAGGUGGGAGAUGAAGAGGAGGCCAGCAAGAAACAAGCUGCUAAGAAGGCCAAGAAGUUGAGCAAACCUUUGAAGAGGCAGAUGUCUUCACCUAAUUUCCAUCGCAAAGAGAAAGCAGUGGAGAAAACCCCUUCGAGGGACAACACUCCAUUCAGAGUGAGUGCCCAGAAGAGUAAAUGGGACAGCUCUCGCUCCAUCCGCUACAACCAAGAUGCCCAAAGAGAGGAAGACCAGCGGCGUAUGGUGGAGAUCAUUGGUCAUCUGACUAAGAUCAGGUUCGGAGAUCAGGAACAGAGAAAGUCCAAGGACACUAAAGAGCGUGCAGCAGGGAUCUACUCCAGGCUAGAGGCCCAGUUCAAGUCCUCCUCCCAGGCCAGUGGACGACAGAGUGGCCCUGAGAAAACCCUCAGAGUGAAGCCACGCUUCAACCAAGCUCGGACCACAUAGAUACUGGAACGAGAAGAGGGAGGAAGACAGGAGGAAGAGCGGAGGACCACAUAAAUACUGGAACGAGAAGAGGGAGGAAGACGGGAGGAAGAGCGGAGGACCACAUAGAUACUGGAACGAGAAGAGGGAGGAAGACGGGAGGAAGAGC